CUGGAAGUGUUUUAUUCCGGUCUGGAUGAGUCGAUGUCUGUUCUGGACGUUUAAUCUGUAGCAAUUCCGCACGAGCACUGCUGGAAUGACACACACGACUCCGUAACGAGCAGUCAAGCUCUCCACGAACAGUUGUUGCUCAUAAUUGGACGCGGUAAUAACGCAGGAACUGGUGAGACAGGUGCAGAAGAUCUUCAUGAUGGACGAAAGCGCUGUGAAUGAGUCUAAUGUGAAAGUGGCGGUGCGGGUUCGACCCAUGAACAGGAGAGAACGAGACUUAAAGACAAAAUGUGUCGUGGACAUUGAAGGAAAUCAGACCAUCCUGUACCCGGCCAAUGGAAACCUGGGAAAGGGUGACAGCAGGAACAAACCGAAGGCUUUAGACAUCUGCAAUGUUUUGUUUCAGGUCUUCGCAUAUGAUUAUUGCUUCUGGUCGAUGGAUGAGGCUGAGGCAGCCAAAUUUGAGGGUCAGGAUGUGGUGUUUCAGUGUCUUGGAGAGAGUCUUUUGGACAGUGCUUUCCAAGGAUACAACGCUUGUAUAUUUGCAUAUGGGCAAACAGGCUCAGGAAAGUCCUACACUAUGAUGGGAGCGGCCGAGCAGCCCGGUCUGAUCCCCAGACUCUGCAGCUCUCUGUUCCAGCGCACCAUACAGGAGCAGAGGGAGGGCGAGAGCUUCACCGUGGAGGUGUCCUACAUGGAGAUCUACAACGAGAAGGUGCGAGACCUUCUGGAUCCCAAAGGGAGCCGGCAGGCGUUGAGGGUCCGGGAGCAUAAGGUGUUGGGGCCGUAUGUAGACGGUCUGUCUCGCCUCGCUGUGAUGAGCUACAAGGACAUCGAGUCUCUAAUGUCGGAGGGGAAUAAAUCUCGCACCGUAGCAGCCACAAACAUGAACGAGGAGAGCAGUCGCUCACACGCCGUCUUCAACAUCAUUCUGACGCACACGCUCAGAGACCUGAAGAGUGGGACGAGUGGAGAGAAGGUGAGUAAACUCAGUCUGGUGGAUCUGGCCGGCAGUGAGAGAGCUGAUAAAACUGGAGCUGGAGGAGAAAGGCUCAAAGAAGGCAGCAACAUUAACAGAUCCCUCACAACUCUUGGACUGGUGAUUUCAGCACUGGCGGAGCAGGGCGCAGGAAAAAACAAGAGUAAAUUUGUUCCUUACAGAGACUCAGUGCUCACAUGGUUACUGAAGGACAGUUUAGGAGGCAACAGUCGCACUGCUAUGGUUGCGACAGUGAGUCCAGCAGCCGACAACUACGAAGAGACCCUGUCUACACUACGGUACGCCGACCGGGCCAAAAGCAUUGUUAAUCAUGCUGUGAUUAAUGAAGAUCCAAAUGCUAGAAUCAUCAGAGAGCUGAGGGAGGAAGUGGAGAAACUACGCAGUCAACUGACUGAGGCUGAGUCAAUGAAAGCUCCUGAGCUCAAAGAGAGACUGGAGGAGUCCGAGAAACUGAUCCAGGAGAUGACUGUAAGCUGGGAGGAGAAACUCAGGAAGACUGAGGAGAUUGCACAGGAGCGACAGAAGCAGCUGGAGAGUUUGGGGAUUUCUCUGCAGUCGUCUGGGAUCAGAGUCAUUGAUGAUAAAUGUUUCCUGGUCAACCUGAACGCAGACCCUGCCCUUAACGAGCUGCUCGUCUAUUACUUAAAGGAACACACUUGUGUGGGUUCUGCAGAUUCUCAGGACAUUCAGUUAUGUGGUUUGGCAAUUCAACCGGAGCAUUGCGUUAUAGACAUCAAACAAGAGACGGGAGUCACACUCACGCCAAAGAGAAACGCUCGCACAUGUGUGAACGGUGCUGUGGUCUCGUCUCCCGUCCAGCUGCAUCAUGGGGAUCGAAUCCUCUGGGGAAACAACCACUUCUUCAGGAUCAGCGUGUCGAACGCAUAUCGUGUUGGUGUGGAGGAUGAGGAGGGGAGCAUGAUGAAGACCGGGCUUCACGUCGAGCGUUUGGAUGUGGAUGUAGAUCGUCUCAGUCAGGCCUCCAGCGACAACAGCUUCAGUUUUGAGUCGGCACAGACCGAAGUCAUGAUGAAAGGACUGGGAAACAGCGACCCGCUGCAGCCGGUGCUUCACUCUCUGGAGCUCAGGCACGAGGAGGAGAAGCGCUCUGCUCUGGAGCGACAGAGGCUCAUGUACGAGCAGGAGCUGCAGCAGCUGCGCAAACGCCUGUCCACGGAGCUGCAGACGCAGGCCUCUCAUCCGCAGCACCACCGCAGCAGCGAGCUGUCUUCUCAGAGCCGCCUGCGCCAGUGGAGCGAGGAGAGAGAGGUUUUGAUGAGUCGGAGUCUGCGUAAGCUGAAGGAGCAGAUCGUGAAGGCCAAUCUGCUGGUUCGGGAGGCAGGAUUCAUCGCUGAGGAGCUCAACAAGAAAACUGAAUAUAAAGUCACUCUGCAGAUACCCGCUGCAAACCUUAAUGCCAACCGCAAGCGGGACAUGGUUCUGAGCGAGCCGGCCGUGGAGGUGAGGAGGAAGAACAAAGGCAAGCAGAUCUGGUCCAUGGAGAAGAUGGAGAACCGGCUGGUGGACAUGAGAGAGCUCUACCAGGAGUGGAAAGACUAUGACGAGGACAACCCUGCCAUGCGCUCCUACUUCAAGCGUUCCGAUCCGUUCUUUGACGAGCAGGAGAAUCACAGUCUGAUCGGUGUGGCCAACGUCUUCCUGUCCUGUCUGCUGUACGACGUCAAGCUGCAGUACGCGGUUCCCAUCAUCAACCAGAAGGGGGAGGUGGCGGGUCGGCUUCACGUAGAAGUGGAGCGUCUGAGCGGAGAACUAGAGGAGCGGGAGACGGGAGGCUCUGAGAUCAAUCCAGACGGCGAGACGCAAGAACGCAAACUCGCUUGCAUGAUCAAGGUAUUGCAGGCGACCGGAUUGCCUCAGCACCUCUCCAACUUUGUUUUCUGUCAGUAUCAUUUCUGGGAGCAGCAGGAACCCGUGUUUAUCGCCCCUGAAGUCGGUCUGACGGCCCCCAGCAGCAGAGAGCCGCAGAGCCUGGUGGUGUUUGACAAAAGCAAGACUCUAGAAGUUGCUGUAAGCGAAGACUUUCUGGAGUUCCUGAUGGAGGGCGCCGUGGCGGUUGAGGUUUAUGGUCACAAACAGGCAAAUCCACGCAGGAAUCUGGCUCUCUGGGACCUGGGAGUGAUUCAGGCAAAGACUCGCUCUCUCAGAGAGAGGUGGAGUGAAGUGACCCGCAGGUUGGAGCUCUGGGUUCAGAUCCUGGAGCUGAACGAUGCUGGAGAGUUUGUGCCGGUGGAGGUUCAGGCAGCUAAGGACAUCUGCACAGGAGGAGUCUUUCAGCUCAAACAGGGUCAGUCCAGGCGUGUUCAGGUGGAGGUACGUUCGGUCCAUGACUCCGGCACCAUGCCUCUGAUCACAGACUCUGUGCUCAACGUCUCCAUUGGCAAUGUGGAGGUCCAUCAGACUCGAACUGGUAAAAGCACAGAGACCCAGAGGGUGGGAGAUAAAGAUGUGGACAGUUAUCAGGAGGUUGAUCUAGAGAGACUGAGGGCUCGGUGGCUCACGGCUCUAACUGAGCGACAGGAAUAUCUGGACCAACGUCUCCAGAAACUUGUUGGCAAGCACGAUAAGUCCGAGGAGGACGUGGAGAGCGAGUCUCAGCUGCUGGAGGGUCGUCUGACGCUGACGGAGGAGAGAAACGCUGUGCUGGUGCCCUCUGCUGGCAGCGGUAUCCCAGGAGCCCCGGCAGAGUGGGCUCCGGUGCCAGGGAUGGAGACGCACAUCCCAGUCAUCUUCCUGGACCUCAAUGCUGAUGACUUCCAUGAUCAUCUGUCUGCUCCUCUAGCUGGAGGUCUGGAUGCUGCGCUCGACAGAGAAGAUAAAGAUGAUUUCAUGGACUUACAGAUCGUCAAGUACUAUGAGAAAGAGGUGAAGGCAGAGGCAUCAUGGGACUGCACCGUUCAUGACAGUCCUGAGCUGAACCGAGCGACGGGGCCGGAUCACAGGAUCUACCUCACCGUCCGCACCAUGGUUCUGCUCAGUCAUCCUGCACAAAUGCAGCUGGUCCUGCGCAAACGGAUCUGUGUGACCCUCACCGGACGACAGGGCUUUGCUCAAAGUCUGCUGAGGAGAAUGUCUCACCGCAGCUCAACUCACGGCUGUGGAGUCACGUUUGAGAUCGUCUCAAAUAUCCCAGGGGACAUUCAGAGCUCCGAGGACCGAGAGAUGCUCGCUCGACUGGCUGCCAGCACCGAUAACCCAGGAGCCGACAGUGAAGCUGCCAUCGAGAAAUACCUGCGCAGUGUGUUAGCAGUGGACAACAUCCUCACGCUGGACCGUCUCAGACAGGAGGUUUCGGUGAGGGAACAUCUAUCAGAUAAAGGAAAGAUUCCCAAACGCUGCCUCAGUUCACCAAAUGUACACCGGCUCUCUGGCAGCAGGAAAGAUCUGUCCAGCAGCCAAGACUCAGAAGACAAUAAAGGUGGUUGGGAUAGUCGGCAGGAGAUUUCUGUGCUACCAUCAGCCACAAAGAGUCCAUCUCACUCAGCGUUGGUACAAAACCAAAACUCAGAGCCAGGUCUCUCAGGAUUUGCUGCAUCUUAUUUCUCCCCAGUGAAAGCUCUAGUGUCUCCAGUACCCAAGAUGUUCAAGUCUCUGUUGUCCAAGAAAGAGGAGAAGAAAGAAGCGCCUCCUUCUGCUGCCUUUGAGCAGAAUGUGCCACGCAUUGUUGUUCAGUCUGUCAGUCUCGAAGACAUUAACAGCUAUGAACUGACUCCUCAGGCUCCUUCAAAAUACACAACUCAAGACAGCCAAUCAGAAUCUGCUUCCUUUGUGCCCAUAUUUCCAGUUAUUCUUGAUAAAAUAGACACAACUAAAGCAGCCACCAUAUCCUCAGAAACCACGUCAGACAUCCAGAUAAUCCAUGCUAUGGAAACUCCAAUAUCAGAGAAUCCAGGGAAUGUUAAGGAGAUCCUGUUGCCUCAUCUUCCUGAAGAAGUUAAAGAACUUCCACCUCUUGCUGUUUCUCCAGUGGUUGAGGACGUUCUUCUAUCUGUUAUUUCUCCAGAGGUUGAGGUUUCAUCUCCUAAUCCUCCUUUGGUGGUUGAGAAUCUUCUACAUCCAUCUGUUUCUCAAGUGGUUGAGGACGUUCUUGUAUUCAAUCUUUCUCCAGAGGUUGAGGUCUCACCUCAUAAUUAUUCUUUAGGUGUUGAGGAAGUUCUACAUCCAUCUGUUCCUCCAGUAGUUGAGGAAGUUCUAUCUUCCAAUCUUUCUUCAGAGGUUGAGGAGGUUCUAUCUCCAUCUGUUCCUCCAAUGUUUGAGCAAGUUUCUCUAGAGGCUGAGGAAGUUCCACCGCAAUCUGUUUCUGCCAAACUCAGAAAGAUUCCACCUCUUUCUGCUUCUCCAGGAGUAAAUGAGUCUCUGCCUCCUACAGUUCAAUCAGAGAUUAAGGAGGUUCCACCUCCUGCUCUUACAGAGGUUGAAGACCUCAAGCAAAGCCCAGUUGGUGAUUCAACAAACAGCUCCAUCAGCGAUGUCUCAAGUGGAUACAUCUCCACAAGUGUCUCCACAGCAACUCUCUCUGAGUGUGCGGUCUCAAAUGUUGAGCCUCUUCUCCUUGACAGCACAGAGGCCAAAAUAAACUCUAUAUCCAAAACGACUGAACCAAAAACCGAGUUUGUGCCAACAAGCAGCACAUCCACAGAACAUCUGUCAAAACCUGAACCAACUGACUUGGAACUUGGAAAACAGAUGCCUACAGAAUCUCAAACAUCAGAAGAACAUGGUCAAGUGUCUCCUCCAGAUACAUCUUCUCAAAAACUCCUAAGUGUUUCUGAUUCUUUACCUCAGGAAUCCUCUGAAACCAACAUCUCAUCAUCUCAUUCAGCCAUAUCAGUACCAUCUACACCACUGGCACUACCAGCUGAUCCAUCAGUACCAGUGAAGACUAAGCCAUCAAUGCCUGCCCAGCAAUCAAGUUCUGAACAAAACGUCAAACCCACUUCUGCUCCCACCUCCAACCCUUUCCAAAUCCACCGAGUCAAGACCUCCGGAUUGAAGUCUUUCAAAGGGAUCUUGCAUGAAGAAGAUGAAGAGGGAAAAGCCAAACUCAGUAACUCUUUAUCUUCAUUGAGUGAGUUUCAAGAAAGACUGGAGAUCCUUUCGGAUUCAGAGGAUAGCCUUGAGACUCCCGACUGGCUGAAAGAGGGAGAAUAUGUGAGUGUGGGCACAAAUAAAACUGGGACAGUCCGUUAUGUUGGACCAACUGACUUUGCAAAGGGCGUUUGGGUUGGAGUGGAGCUUGAUGUUCCAGCAGGUAAAAACGAUGGUUCGGUUGGGGGUCGACAUUACUUCCACUGCAACCCUGGUUACGGCGUUCUUGUGAGACCAAAUCGGGUCAUGAAAGCGGUGGGUACCGCUAAACGAUUGAGGCAGAAACACAAGCAGAACCUCUCAGGAUCUAGUCCCAACCUGGCAGCCCUUACAGCGAUGGCCAAAGGAGAAGCUGUAGCACGUAAGGCUGAAAACAGGAAGUCAUGGGUUAGCUGAGGAAAAUGCAUCCUUGUUGAUGGACGUGUACGGAGGACAGUAUUGGUAUGGCACUGAAACACAACACUUGCACUAUACCUGUAGGGAUGCAACUGCCAUCUGAUUUACUAAUGCGUAUCUGCACUACAUAGUGCCUAGUGUUCAAAAAACCCAUAUUUCGAGGCAAAUUUUCAGCCUCGGUAAGCAGUAUUUUUGGUAUUAUUAUAUUUUAAAAUAUUUUUAAUCUCACAAAGUGCCCUGUCUAUUUGAAGCCAAUGCCAGGGAGUAUUUGCAUGCGUAAAAAUCAGCGUAUUGAUGGAUUUCUCACAGUGCUUCAUUUCACGAUUUUACAUAGAGUAGGAAAGCGGGAUAUGUUUAACUUGUGGAAAUUAAAAGUGCCAGACAGUUUUAUUCAUAAAUGAUUGUUUUUAGUGCAAUUAUAAAUUAGUUCUGUAUUUUUUGUUGGUUUGGUAACUUUGUAUUGUUUUUUUUUUUGUUUUUUGUUUUUUUUCUUCUUCUGCUUCUUGAAUGAGUAAUUUAUGACCAAAUUGUUGUUUAUUUAUUUUGCAGAUCAAAGUAAUGACAAAAAAAUAAUAAUCUUGAAGAUUUUAUAUUGCAAUGGUGGGCGUAAUAAACAUUAUUAUUAUUAUUUUA